GCUCAUCUUGCUAAGAUAACGCCAGCUCCUGCUCCGUCUGAUCUAGGGCUAUGGGCUAUCCUGCUAGAAGCUCUUCGAUAACUAGCGGACCCUGUCAAUCACCAGAAUCUCGCGAUCAAGUUAUCUUUUUGCACUGCAGUGAUUGUCGCAUCAGGCUGAAUUGGACCAAACCCUCCGGCCUCCUAUGCUCAUGAUGGCCGCCCAGAGCUUGAGGCCUGAAGUUAUAAAGCCGAGUGACCUCCCUUGGUUUCGUUGGUACUCCAUCAAGCUCACAGUCUCGCGAUCCUCUUCUCUUUCAACCUCCCGCUGAAGUUGGCAAAAUGUUCUCUACAAUCACCGUUCUUGCCCUUGCCCUCGCGGCUCAAGCAGCACCAACUGCAAAUGUCAUUGGCAGCGCGACAUGGUCUGCUCCUGCUGUCCACAACCCCAGCUAUGUCCGCAAUGGCACGGCAGCUAUGCUGAAGGCUUACGCCAAGUAUCACUUGAAGCCUACACACGAGAUGCCUCUCGAGUUCAUGGCCGAAAUCCAAAAGCGCCAGGAUGGAUCUGCUACGGCUGUCCCUUCCAAUGGGGUUGAAUACUUAGUGUCAACUACCGUCGGUGGUCAGAACUUGAACUUGGAUUUUGAUACUGGAUCUGCAGACUUAUGGGUGUUCUCUUCCCUCCUCCCCACAAGCGAGAAGACAGGCCACAACAUCUAUACUUCGUCUAAGAGCAGCACUUACAAGGCACUUUCAGGCUACACAUGGAGUAUCCAGUACGCGGAUGGUUCAGGGGCAAGUGGAAAAGUCGGCACCGAUACUGUGACCAUUGGUGGAACUACUGUCAAAGGGCAAGCUGUCGAGCUUGCAAACAAGGUCUCUUCUACUUUUGUUUCAGACGGAUCAGAUGGCCUGGUCGGCCUGGCGUUUAGCAGCAUCAACACGGUCUCGCCCCAACAACAAUCCACCUUCUUCGACAACGCCCAACCCUCUCUCAACUCCCCCCUUUUCGCCGCCUACCUCCCCUACAACGCCGACGGCGCGUACGAUUUUGGCUUCACCGACUCCUCAAAGUACACCGGCAGCAUCGUCUACACCGCCGUUGAGUCCGGCAACGGCUUCUGGGAGUACCCGUCCACCAGCUACAAAGUCGGAUCAACAACCUACACCCAAUCUGGCUUCACAGGUAUCUCAGACACCGGAACGACCCUCAUCCUGAUGAGCGACUCGGCCGUUACAAACUACUAUAAGAAAGUCACCGGCGCCUCCUACGACUCCUCGCAAGGAGGGUACACCUUCCCCUGCAGCGCGACGCUUCCAACCCUCUCCAUCGCCAUUGGCUCCGGGUUCGCCACGAUCCCUUCCUCUCUCCUCAACUUCGGCUCUACUGGCAGUGGAAGCACUUGCUUCGGGUCUUUGCAGAGCGUUGGAAGCGGCAGCCAGGCUAUUUAUGGAGACGUCUUUUUCAAUGCUUAUUAUGGCGUUUUUGACGCGAGCGGACCGAGCUUUGGGUAUGCUCCUGCUGUUUAAGGAGAAGUAGAAUUGAAGCAUGGAGCGGUGGAUAGAACUGCGGAUUCUUAUUCAAUUGUUUAGCACACGUAGGGGGUGCAUAUCCUGUUACUUUCACAUUUGGAGACUUGAACAAUAAAGCAUACUUUUCGUCC